AUGUCGCUCCGUGCUGUGCUCACCUCUGGUCUUUUGUACGUCGGCUUGGCCACGGCUCAACAAACAUAUGCCAAGAAUCAGGUGGCUGUCGUAAAUGAUGACGAGGAAGCCGUCAAGAAUUUUCCAAGUAUCGACGAUGUGAAACUUGAGUCGCCUGCUUUCACUGACCCUAAGAGUAUUCCUGCUGGGUUCAAAAACGGCACCAGUGGUCCGACUGAUGAUGCGACAUUGGAAUACUUUCUCCAGAGCCUCGCAUCUCGCAAUGACUGGUUGACGUACAAGAACCCCGCAUUCAAGUCCGACGAAGGACGCUCAAUCCCUUACGUCUACCUCACCACAUCUACCCAGCCCCAGGUCAAGGCCAAUGCAUCAUCGACAGAAAAACUACGAGUUUACCUACAAGGCGGAGUUCAUGGAAAUGAACCAGGCGGGGAUCAAGCGCUUCUUGCGUUGCUGGGUAAAUUCGAUGCCAACUCUACUUGGACAGCUUCAAUCUUGGAAAAGAUGGACAUCAUGAUUCUUCCUCGUUAUAACCCUGACGGUGUCGCUUACUUUCAGCGAGUCCUUGCUACUGGAUACGAUCCCAACAGAGAUCACAUUCGAUUUGCUAGCCAGCAGACUCGUGAUGUCAAGGCCUUGAUCACUGAUUUCCACCCUCACAUUGCUGUUGAUGCUCACGAGUUUGGCGCGACCAGACCUUUUGGCGACAACAAACAAUGGCACCAGGCUGUGGACGGCCAAUUUGACGCCAUGAAGAACCUCAACAUCCACAAGGAUAUCCGCGAGUACUCCGAGUCCGUCUUUGCACCCCAAAUCGCCGGCGCAAUGGAGAAGCGCAAGUUGCGUUGGAGCCCUUACAUUGUUGGAAGUGCUGCGGAGCCCUUGGUUUUUACUCAGCUCGACACCCAGGCUCGUGCAGGUGAUGUCUCGUUGGCUCUCACACAGGCCAUGGUGUUUCUCACCGAGACCAGAGGUAUUAUGCUUGGUGGCCAGAACUUCCAGCGACGUGUCGUAUCGGGAUUGACCAUGAUCGAAGCCAUCAUCCAAACAGCCGCUGAUAAUGCUGAGGAGGUGUACGAGGUGAUCGAGGGAGCCCGUCGCAAGGUGAUUGAGGGUGAUGAUGACAUUGUUCUCAGCGACAGCUACAAACCUGAGAACCGAACCUGGGACAUGAUCGAGGUCGAGACGGGAAAACUAGUCAAGGUCCCCAUCGAGUUCCUCAGCUCAACGCCUGUCAAGGCCAACCUGACACGCAGCCGUCCCGAGGCCUACGUCUUCCCCCAAGCAUGGAAGGAAGCCGCCGACCGUCUCCGUCUCGUCGGUGUCAAGGUCGACCAGCUCCGCUCCGAGUUCAAGGGUGAAGUUGAAGCACUCAAUGUCACCAGCAUCACCUUGGGCGCUAGCGUCUACCAUGGAACAGUUCUCAACACUGUUACCACUGAGACCAAGCGCAAGGAAAUUACCAUGCCUGCGGGUAGCUUUUGGGUUUCUGCCAGACAAGCUGCUGCGGCGUACGCCUUUGUUGUUCUUGAGCCUGAGAACAUUGAUUCUUAUGCCACUUUUAACAUCUUGCCUGUUAACGUGGGAGAUGAAUAUCCUGUUUAUCGAGUUAUGGCUUGA